CAGGAAGUGUUUGUCUGGUUUCAGUUCUGUCCAUAAGGGUGUUGUCAACAACAUUCUUUUCUUUCGACUGCAGUGACAGUCAAAGAACACCAGCUCUUGUUGGAUUAAAAUCAUAUGGAUUAGAAUAUUUUAAGGAAUAUGGCAUAUUCAGACGAAUCUCAAAACACUGGAUUUAGCUUAAGUGAAACCAGUCUGAAGAAAGCACAUAUAAAGGUUCUGAAUACAUAUAGUAGUUCAUGCCCUUUUGUCAAACCAGCUUUGAGUCUUCAGCCAUGUCAGGAGAUUUCUAAAACAUUCAAGAAACUUGAAAGAGCCUGUCAACAGGGGUUCAACAAAUUUGUAAGAAAUCAUCAAAAAGACAGUUCAUCUCUUGAUGAAUCAAAGAACAUCAUCAGGGAACUGGCAGCUGAACUUGACAGAGUGGUACAGUUUAGUAAUGUCUCCAAGAUGGCUGGAAAUAUAAAAAGUAAAGAAACUAAGGAUGAACAACAGUACUAUAUUUUGCAUUGGGCUGAAGAGAUAGAGUCAAUAAUACAAAGUAAACAUGUGGAAGAGGAGAAGACAUACACACCUUCCGAGAAGAGCACCGUGGAGAGUAAAAUGAAAUGGAAGAAAGCUAAAGGAAUCUUGUCUGAUUGGGCUUGGAGACUAAAAGAUAAGAAAGAGAACUCAGUAUGUCCAAAAGAAGAAGAAACACUUAAGGAUCUUCACAAACAAUGCAAGCAGGGAGAGAUCAGCAUACUUCCAGUGAUGGACUGGAUGAUGUGGACUGUCCUACAGUCAGAAAGCUUUGAGAAGGAAUCUUCCCCUAGACAGUGGAUAAAGAAUAAACAGAGAUCCAAAAAUACAGUUGGAUUGCCUAUUCCCAAUUCAGUUUGGGAUUGGAUCAGAAAGUCAACAGCUUUUGUAGUUCUGGAUCCAAACACAGCCAACCCAGAUCUCCUAGACUGUAAAGAUGGAAAAUCUGUAAGAGCAAAUAACUUUAAUCCAGAACGCAAUAACUGGGAUGGUUUCCAAAGAAAUCAUUCUAAAUUUGAUGGCUGGACUUGUGUUCAAGCUAAAGAGGGUUAUAACACAGGUCGCCAUUACUGGGAGGUAAACGUAAAGAAAAAAUGUGAGUGGCGCGUGGGUGUUGUGAAGGACUCAGCCCCCCGAAAAGGAUUUCUCACUAUGAAUCCAAAAACAGGUUACUGGAAUCUGCGUCUGCAACUGGGAACUAUAAUUGCUCUGACUGAACCAGUCACUAAACUUGCCAACGUGCCAACACCCUCUAAAAUAGGAGUUUAUCUGGACAUAGAGGAGGGUCAGGUCUCUUUCUAUGAUGCAGAGAAAAGAAGACAUAUUUAUACAUUUAUCACAGACUUUAAUGGGACUGAAAACAUUUACCCAAUGUUUGGCACUAUUGAGACAGACAGAGCAUUGGUGAUUCUAUAAAGAAACAUAAGCAUACACUAUCAAUAAAGGUACAAAGCUGUCACUGGGGCAGUACCCUUUAAAAAAAAAAGGUCCUAAUAUGUACCAUUUAGGUACAAAUGUGCAUCUUUGAACUGCCAAUAUGCACUCUUUGGGUGCAAAGGUGUACCUUUUUGAAAGGUUACUGUCCCAGUGACAAUUUUGUACCUUUAUUUCUGAGAGUGUAUUUACACACACCACCAUGUUGAUGAUGACCACAAUUGAAGCCUGUACCAACCAGAUUGCAAAGGCUGUUACUUAGUCAUUAAUUUGAUAAUAAGCAUAAUUAAGAGUAAUUAAUGCUAUGAAAAUCAAUCAAAGUAAUAAAAUGUAUACUAAAAUGUU